GGUGAAUAAAAAUAUAUAGUGGUUUGCAAACCCGUGAUUUCUCCAACACGUGGAACGCUUCAGUGAGUGAAAAUACGUUGUUACUAUUUUCCCCGCCCCGCAACGCUUCUGUCCAAUGUAUUCACCGCUCCGGUCUGGGACAUGACGCCGCGCGACACGCGUAGUGAAAAUAUCCACUGGUGUUCAGUAAAAAUGGCUACCGCUUCUUCUGAAUCGCAAGGUUCCGCAUUGAGCGAGGAAAACAGUGAAACGCUUACAGAAAAGACCAAGGAGGAAAAGCAACCGGACACCGCUACAGAUGAUCCGGGUGUUAGCAGCGUCGACGCAUUGCUGAACAUGGAAGUAAGGGUAGCGGAAUGCGGAGAAGACGGAGAAGAAGGGGACGCGAAACCUGCUGCAGAGGCAGAUGAGGAGGCUGCGGAAGCGGUGGUGGUGGUGGUGACAGCGGCGACAACAGGGGUCGUAGAUGAUGAAGAUGAUGAUGAAGAAAAGACGGUGGGGUGUAAACUUGGUAAAACAGAUGAGGAUUGCUCGGACUCUAAGACACAGAGGAUCCUGGUGGACGGUGGUGAGACGAGCGAGACAGUUACAGAUACGGUGAAGGAAAUAGAAAGUAAACCAGAAGAACAGCGAGAGGAGAGCCAGUCGCCUGUUACAGUCAGUGACUGUGUGGUAAAAAGCAAAGUCCGUGACGAUGGGCCGGAGCCCCGGGAGGAGAAAACAACCAGCAGCGGUGGGGACCGUGAGGAGCUUGCGGUGGGAGACAAGCGGAGGGCCAGCGUAGAGAUGUCAUCCUCGGACGGAGAGCCACUCAGCCGGAUGGAUUCAGAGGACAGUAUCAGCAGUACCCUGAUGGACAUGGAGAGCACGGUAUCCAGCGGACGCUCCACCCCUGCCAUGAUGAACGGGCAGGGCAGUGCCACCCAGUGCCACUCCGGUACCAAGGGCCAGGCAGUGGGGAAUACCUGCUGCUGGGACCAAUGUGGCCUCUGUUUCACCUGCAGCCCAGACCUGGCUGAACACAUCAGGGGCCUCCACGUCGACGGACAGAGAGGAGGGGUGUUUGUGUGUCUGUGGAAGGGCUGUAAGGUGUACAACACUCCGUCCACCAGUCCAAGCUGGCUCCAGAGACACAUGCUGACACACAGCGGAGAUAAACCCUUCAAGUGUGUGGUGGGGGGCUGCAAUGCCAGCUUUGCAUCGCAGGGGGGCCUAGCGCGCCACGUGCCCACCCACUUCAGUCAGCAGAGUUCCUCUAAGCUGUCCAGUCAGUCUAGACUCAAGGAAGAGUCUCCCUCUAAAGCUGGGCUUACUAAGAGGAAGAAACGAACGCAGAUGAACAAACGCAGGCGUUCGCUACUGUCUCCUCUUCCACCAGCGAGACCUCAUGAUUUCUUUGACGCCCAGACCAUGGAUGCCAUCAGACACCGGGCCAUCUGCCUCAACCUGGCUACACACAUGGAGAGCACCGGCAACGGACACAGUGUGGUGUUUCAUAGCACGGUGAUGGCCAGGAGGAAAGAGGGCUCUGGGAAGGUCAAGGUGCUACUCCACUGGACUCCUGAGGACAUCCUGCCUGAUGUGUGGGUGAACGAGACAGAGCGUUCUCAGCUGAACACCAAAGUGGUUCACUUAUCCCAGCUACCACAGGACAGUGCCAUGCUGCUAGACCCCAACAUCUACAGAGCGUUACCACAGAAGCGGCUGAAGCGGAGUCUGUAAGGAUUCCUCUGUAGCUGUAAGGUUAGGAUUCCUCUGUAGCUGUACGGUUAGGAUUCCUCUGUAGCUGUAGGGUUAGGAUUACUCUGUAGCUGUAGGGUUAGGAUUACUCUGUAGCUGUAAGGUUAGGAUUCCUCUGUAGCUGUACGGUUAGGAUUCCUCUGUAGCUGUACGGUUAGGAUUACUCUGUAGCUGUAAGGUUAGGAUUCCUCUGUAGCUGUAAGGUUAGGAUUCCUCUGUAGCUGUAAGGUUAGGAUUCCUCUGUAGCUGUACGGUUAGGAUUCCUCUGUAGCUGUAAGGUUAGGAUUCCUCUGUAGCUGUAAGGUUAGGAUUCCUCUGUAGCUGUAAGGUUAGGAUUCCUCUGUAGCUGUACGGUUAGGAUUCCUCUGUAGCUGUAAGUUUAGGAUUCCUCUGUAGCUGUAGGGUUAGGAUUCCUCUGUAGCUGUAGGGUUAGGAUUCCUCUGUAGCUGUAGGGUUAGGACUCCUCUAUAGCUAUAGGGUUAGGAUUCCUCUGUAACUGUAAGGUUAGGAUUACUCUGUAGCUGUAGGGUUAGGAUUACUCUGUAGCUGUAGGGUUAGGAUUCCUCUGUCGCUGUAGGGUUAGGAUUCCUCUGUAGCUGUAGGGUUAGGAUUACUCUGUAGCUGUAGGGUUAGGAUUCCUCUGUAGCUGUAGGGUUAGGACUCCUCUAUAGCUAUAGGGUUAGGAUUCCUCUGUAACUGUAAGGUUAGGAUUACUCUGUAGCUGUAGGGUUAGGAUUACUCUGUAGCUGUAGGGUUAGGAUUCCUCUGUCGCUGUAGGGUUAGGAUUCCUCUGUAGCUGUAGGGUUAGGAUUACUCUGUAGCUGUAAGGUUAGGAUUACUCUGUAGCUGUAGGGUUAGGAUUCCUCUGUAGCUGUAGGGUUAGGAUUCCUCUGUCGCUGUAGGGUUAGGAUUCCUCUGUAGCUGUAGGGUUAGGAUUACUCUGUAGCUGUAAGGUUAGGAUUACUCUGUAGCUGUAGGGUUAGGAUUCCUCUGUAGCUGUAGGGUUAGGAUUCCUCUGUAGCUGUAGGGUUAGGAUUACUCUGUAGCUGUAGGGUUAGGAUUACUCUAUAGCUGUAGGGUUAGGAUUACUCUGUAGCUGUAAGGUUAGGAUUCCUCUGUAGCUGUAGGGUUAGGAUUAGUUUACAGCUGUAGGGUUAGGAUUACUCUAUAGCUGUAGGGUUGGGAUUACUCUGUAGCUGUAGGGUUAGGAUUCCUCUGUUGUUUUAGGGUUAGGAUUACUCUAUAGCUGUAGGGUUAGGAUUCCUCUGUAGCUGUAGGGUUAUGAUUAGUUUACAGCUGUAGGGUUAGGAUUACUCUAUAGCUGUAGGGUUGGGAUUACUCUGUAGCUGUAGGGUUAGGAUUCCUCUGUAGCUGUAGGGUUAGGAUUACUCUAUAGCUGUAGGGUUAGGAUUCCUCUGUAGCUGUAGGGUUAUGAUUACUCUGUAGCUGUAGGGUUAGGAUUCCUCUGUAGCUGUAGGGUUAGGAUUCCUCUGUAGCUGUAGGGUUAGGAUUCCUCUGUAGCUGUAGGGUUAGGAUUACUCUGUAGCUGUAAGGUUAGGAUUACUCUGUAGCUGUAGGGUUAGGAUUACUCUAUAGCUGUAGGGUUAGGAUUACUCUGUAGCUGUAAGGUUAGGAUUCCUCUGUAGCUGUAGGGUUAGGAUUAGUUUACAGCUGUAGGGUUAGGAUUACUCUAUAGCUGUAGGGUUGGGAUUACUCUGUAGCUGUAGGGUUAGGAUUCCUCUGUAGCUGUAGGGUUAGGAUUACUCUAUAGCUGUAGGGUUAGGAUUCCUCUGUAGCUGUAGGGUUAUGAUUACUCUGUAGCUGUAGGGUUAGGAUUCCUCUGUAGCUGUAGGGUUAGGAUUCCUCUGUAGCUGUAGGGUUAGGAUUACUCUGUAGCUGUAGGGUUAGGAUUACUCUGUAGCUGUAGGGUUAGGAUUACUCUGUAGCUGUAGGGUUAGGAUUCCUCUGUAGCUGUAGGGUUAGGAUUACUCUAUAGCUGUAGGGUUAGGAUUACUCUGUAGCUGUAGGGUUAGGAUUACUCUGUAGCUGUAGGGUUAGGAUUCCUCUGUAGCUGUAGGGUUAGGAUUCCUCUGUAGCUGUAGGGUUAGGAUUCCUCUGUAGCUGUAGGGUUAGGAUUACUCUGUAGCUGUAGGGUUAGGAUUCCUCUGUAGCUGUAGGGUUAGGAUUACUCUGUAGCUGUAGGGUUAGGAUUCCUCUGUAGCUGUAGGGUUAGGAUUACUGAAAUACCGUACUUAAAUUUUUUUGGGGAAAAUGUAUAAUAAUUGCUUGUGAAAGCACUCACGUUGAAAUGAAAUUAUGUCAAAUGAAAUCGUCUUCAUCAGUCCAUAUAAUGUUGAUAAUGACUCCAAUAAUGAUGAUGUAAUGUUGAUAAUGACUCCAAUAGUGAUGAUAUAAUGUUGAUAAUGACUCUGAUAAUGCUGUUGAUAUAAUGUUGAUAAUGACUCCAAUAGUGAUGAUGAUAUAAUGUUGACAAUGACUCCAAUAAUGAUGAUAUCAUGUUGACAAUGACUCCAAUAGUGAUGAUAUAAUGUUGAUAAUGACUGAUAAUGCUGUUGAUAUAAUGUUGAUAAUGACUCCAAUAGUGAUGAUGAUAUAAUGUUGACAAUGACUCCAAUAAUGAUGAUAUAAUGUUGACAAUGACUCCAACAAUGAUGACAUAAUGUCGAUAAUGUCUCCAAUAAUGAUGAUGAUAUAAUGUGGAUAAGGACUCCAAUAAUGAUGAUAUAAUGUGGAUUAUGACUCCAAUAAUUAUGAUAUAAUGUGGAUGACUCCAAAAAUGAUAUACUGAUGAUAAUGACUUCGAUAAUGUCUUCAAUAAUUAUGAUAUGUUGAUAACGACUCCAAUAAUGAUUAUAUAAUGUUGAUAAUGACUCCAAUAAUGAUGAUAUAAUGUUGAGAAUGACUCCAAUAAUAUCUCCAAUAAUGAAGAUAUAAUGUGGGUAAUGAUGCCAAUAGUGAUAAUAUGUGGAUAAUGAUUCCAAUAAUGAUGGUGAUAUGUGGAUAGUGACUCCAAAAAUGAUUAUAUAAUGUGGAUAAUGACUGCAAUAAUCAUGAUAUAAUGUUGAUGACUCCAAUAAUGAUGAUUUAAUGUGGAUAAUGACUCCUACAAUGCUGAAAAUGUGGUGAACGACUCCAGUAAUGAUGAUAUGAUGUUGAUAAUGACUCCAAUAAUAGUGAUAUGAUGUCAAUAAUGACUCCAAUAACGAUGACAUGAUGUUGAUAAUGACUCCAAUAAUGAUGAUAAGAUGUAGAUAUUGAUUACAAUAUUGACUCCAAUAAUGUU